AUUUUCAGUUAAUUUUUGAAAUUCGCAAACGCCGGUUGACGCGCACCAGUCACAUAAACAGCAGCAAAGUGCAGUAGCAAGGAUAAUAAAUAAUUUUAUUUUUUUGCAUUAUUUUGUGUGUUAUUGUGUGCGCAUUUCUUGCAGCAGAUCUACUACUAACUAGAUUGCUUUUAAGAAAAAAAUUAAAAAAGAAAACAAUUGAUAUUAAUUAAACAAAAAUCUCAUUUAAAACUAUAUUUUUUAAUAAAUAAAAAACAACAACAAUAAAAACAAAAUGCAACAAAUUACAAAUAUAAGAAAACUAACGGGCUUCCUGUUGCUCGCGUGCAUAGUACAAGCAUGCCACAGCGCCACAGUCGCCCCCGCCAGCGCCCCAAAACCGCUCAUGUGUUAUGUUUGCGAGAAUUGUGCGAAGAUUACAAAACAAACACCGCUCGAGGCAUGCGAUGCCGAAUUCUUCGAUAAGAACAGCACAACACAGGACCUCACCACCACCACCACUGCCGCCGCAGAGACAAGCACUAACACCGCGGAGAGCACAACCACCACCAUAAUCACAACAACAACAAUCGCUACACCAACAACAACGACUGUGGGCAACACUGAAGUGCCAACGACAGAAGGCACCACCACCGAAGCGAUACCCACAGCACCCACUGUUGGACCACCAGUGACAGUACCCACACCACCCAAUGUAGGCACCGUUGCUGAUUUGUUGGUGGUACCCGAAGUGACUAUCAGCAGCAAUGACACCGAGAGUACGAGUACAGUUAGCUAUGAAGCACCCAAAGCUAUGCAACUGGUUGGCGACAAUUACACUUAUCACUGCUACAGUGUGCAAAAAAAAGUGAAUGGCACUGCACAGGUGGAACGUGGUUGUUCGCGUGUCACCACCACGGAGAGCGUGUGUAAUGAAUUGAAGGUGCUGAAUAACGGUACUGAGUUGAGCAAAUGCGUACCCUGCACGAAUAGCAGAUGUAACGGUAGCAGCGCGCUGGGCGUUUCGAUGGCCGCGUUGCUGUUCACAUUGAUUGCUGCAGUGCUGAGCCGUCAAUAAGGUGUAGUCGCUCGGACGUAGCAAUUGCAAAGACUUUGUGUCUGCUUAUGUGAAGUUAACGAUAUUUAAACCAAAAACAAACAAAAAAACUAAAACAACAAAAAUUUGACAAAUUUGACCGAGUGGCGGUAUAGUGGAACAGAGACAAAAGUAUUUAAAGCUGUUUAUCAAUAAUUUAGUUUGUAUUUUGGCAAUAAGUAUAAUACGAAAAUCAUGCAAA